UGGUAUUACCUAUGGUUCACAUUCAUCACUGAAAAAUUAAAAAAAUUGUCAUUUUCACAAUAAUUAUCCACAACCAAUUUAGAAGAUUCCUAUUGUUUUUAACUAUCGUUAUACAUUAUACAAAAUGUCGGAGAUCAAAGCAGUUGCGGCGGGUAUAGUAAACUUUUUGAAACAACAACUCGAUGGGGACACCCUCAGUCUAGAAUCCCGGGAAAGUAUAGAAGUUGCAGCGCAGUGCAUCGAGACCGCUUAUGAACUUACACCUGAGCAGCUCUCUAAGGGAAUGGAUCUUUUGCAAUUAAUGCGGCAACAGACGAGUAACCCUGUAGCUGAUCUAGCGGAGGCCGAGAAGCUUAAAAACGAGGGAAAUGAAUUGAUGAAGACUGAACACUUUCGCGAAGCUAUGGAAAAGUACAGUAAAGCCAUAGAAAUAGAUCCACGUAAUUCGGUUUACUUCUGUAACAGAGCCGCCGCUCAUUUCAAAUUGGGUGAACAUGAGGGUGCUGUAGCAGAUUGUAUGGCGGCGCUAGCACUACAACCGAACUACGGCAAAGCACACGGCCGUCUGGGACUAGCUUUAACUGCCUUAGAUAGACAUGUAGAAGCACGCAUAGCCUUUGCUCGAGCUGUACAAUUAGAGCCAGACAAUGAAUCUUACAAAGAUAACCUGCGUAUUGCGGAAGAGAAAAUCGCACAGCGCGGCGGCCGUCCUUCUAUGGACCUUGGUGGUUUGCUGCAAAAUCCAGCAUUAUUGAAUAUGGCAACAGAAAUGCUUUCAGAUCCUAACAUGCAGAACAUGCUAUCAGGAUUGAUGAAUGCCAACACAGGUGCUCCAGCUGCUGGUGGUAUGGGAACUAAUGUCAAUGCUCUACUAGAAGCUGGUCAAGCUUUGGCUCAACAGAUGCAAGCUGUAAAUCCUGAGUUGGUGGAACAACUAAGGAGGCAGAUCCGUCCUCCUCAAGGCACGGGUGGAGGAAAUCCACCUCCUACCUCACAAUAGUGUUUUUAAUUCAUACUGGCACAGUGAACUACAGUUGCAAGGGUCUAAAAGAGAUAAGCUGUGUUGUCCUUUAUUUUAAUUUCAUAGUUGAAUUAUAUUUUUCUGGAAAUGUAAAAUAUAAGGUUAAUACAUGAGAGCUCAUUUUAAAAAUUUCUAUAUCUCAUUCAGAUAUGUGUUACAAGUUGCACCAAGUCUUCUUUUUCGACAUUUAUGUUAAAGUUUACUUUUAUCUGAAAGAUUAUUUAUUUAUUUUCACAUUAUCCUUUUUAGCUAAACUCCUAAAUGCCUGUGCCGAUUUUAAUUGUAAGCUGUUGGACAAGACAAGGUCUGUUCACCUUAAAAUAUUUUAUAAUAUAAGUAAUGAAAUAACUAUAAAUUGUAUCUAAAUAUGAUGUGGUGUUAAAUAAAAUUUAUAUACUA